AUGCAUAGUGUGGUGGAAGACAAGGAUUUGCUAACGGAAAUCCUUCUCCGGUUGGCGGUUAAAGACUUGCUCCGAUACAAAUGCGUGUGCAAAGAAUGGUUGUCUCUGAUCUCCGAGUCCCAGUUUUGUAAUCGGCACACCCUUGGACUAUGCCGCAAUCACAAACUUUAUGCAUCUGGAAUGUUGCUCCAAGAAACAGAGGAUUGCCUCAUCCUUAAGAAGGCUCGCAUAACCCCAUUUAGCAAUAACAGCAACAACAGGUUCACUUACCUCCAUCUUCAUAAUGAGUUCGAUGGACUACUUUACUAUCGUAUUCGUCAAUCAUGCAAUGGUCUACUACUCUGGGAUAGUGCUCCAAUACAAUGGCCUUCACCACCCUACGAUAUGGAAGCUAAGAAAUUUCUCCAAGGAUGCCGUUAUUUUUAUAUAAGCAAUCCAUCAACCGGUCAUUGUGUUCGUAUAGACCAAUUUGGCUAUGAAAUCCAUCAUCCAAAUUUUUCUAAUCCAGUUCUUGUCUUUGAACCUUGGAAAUCUCCUCACUAUAAAAUUAUCUUUUUCGCUAAAGUCGUAGAACUCGCAACCAAUAAGAUGAAGAUGAAUGUUUAUUCAUCAGACACGGGUUCUUGGAGCAAAGUUGAUGUUCUUACUUUUCCAAAUGAUAUUCGCUACUUCCGUAACAAUGGUGUUUAUUGCAAUGGUGCUAUACAUUGGUACGAUGUUGUUGAUGAUCGAAGUAAAGUGUAUUUCGAUAUUGAUGGGCUUUGCUUUAAAAAUUAUUUUCCAGCAUUACCAAUACCACCAGUACCACCCUUUAAAAAUUAUUUUCCAGCGUUACCAAUACCACCAGUACCACCUUAUUAUAAGCAGCUUGCGGAGUUGUAUUUAGGAAAUAGUGGAGAGAAUCUAUACAUGAUUGUGCAAAAGAAUGAUGACUCGUUAAAGUUAAUUUAUGGUAUUUGGGAGUUAAAAAAAGAUUACAGUGAAUGGAUUGUUAGAUUUCAUGUAGAUCUAACUACUUUCGAAGCAGGUACUUUUGAUGUUGAUGCAUUUGAUGUUGUUAGGCAACCACCAAAUGAUGAACAUGAACAGGAAGAUUCAAUACUUGCAAUUCUAAUAAUUAAUCGUACAAAAUUAGUGGCUUAUAAUUUGAAGGAUCAUAGUUCGAGAAUUCUCUACGAAGAAGAUAGAUUCUAUUCACCAAGUUUUCAUCAUCACUAUUUUGAGACUUUGACAAGUAUUCUACCGAGUUAUUAG